AAUCGUCCUGAAACCUUCAUUUUCAUGCAUACUUUCUGUCAGGAAAUUUUAGUUUCCAUGACAGAGGCAGAGCAGACUACGUUUGCAAUUUGAUUUGUAUUAACAACUGAUGUUCUCAUUUUCCUAGAUUUGAAUAUCUUGGGUUGGCCAAAUUAGACCAAAUAAAAGGAAAUAAGAAGAUCUUAGUAAAACCGCUUACAAUUUCUGAGAGAGAUAGAGCAAAAGACGUAACGGAAUCACUAUGUGCCUUGGAGUUGGCAGAAUAUCGAAAUCAAAUGAAGAAACGUCCCCUAAUGAUAAAUACUGCUACCACUACAGCUCCUGUUAACAAUGCUCAUAAAGGUCACAGACGGAGGGCAAGGGCGCUACGACGUGCAGAGUCAGUUGCAACUGAUGGCACAGAGGGCGAAGUGGAGUCGAAUAACUCCAAUAGUAGUGUAAGAAGUGAUGAUUCUGAAAACCAUGAAGACAUAUCGACAUCAGAUUCCAGUUCGGAAUGUUCAGAGUCGUCUGGGUAUUCAGAUUGGGUUGCCGAACACAGCGUUAAUUUAGAGCCACCAAAGAGAUCGAAACGCAGACAAACUACAACCAAUGCAAAGAAGAAACAAAUCAGUUCAGAACCCAAUAAUGUUACUGAAGAACCAACAACUGCCACUCCUAAACCUGUAAUAAAUAAUGCAAAAACAACAAAAGAACUUCCCGAAAUAUAUAAACCUCUCGAAUGGUUAUCCGAAACGAUGCCUUGUAAAGCGCCCUACUUCCCCCAGAUGGGCGACGAGAUUGUGUACUUCACUCAAGGUCACCAAAUGUAUGUUGAAGCCGUUAGGACUAAAUCAGUUUACGAGACUAAUCCCAAGGAUUUGCCUUGGUCAAAAAUGGAGUUCAAAGAUCACGAAUUCGUAAAAGUUGUUGGCAUCAAAUAUGAAAUCCGGCCACCCAGGUUAUGUUGUUUAAAAUUGGCGUUAUUGGAUUCAGAAAGUCGCCUUACUGGAAAUAUAUUUACCAUCAAAUAUCAUGAUAUGGCCGACGUUUUAGAUUUUCUAGUUUUGAAACAAACUUACGAUGCGGCGAUUUCUCGAACGUGGAAUGCCGGUGACAGAUUUCGUUGCAUGAUUGACGAUUGUUGGUGGAUGGGCAAAAUCGUAUCCAAAUCGCCAUUGUCGGCCGAUUCUCCAAAUUCCCUCUUUAUGAGUUACGAAAUACAGUGGGAUAGUGAAGAGUUUGAACGAAUGAGCUCUUGGGAUUUAGAGCCGAUAAGGGAAGAUAGAUUGCCGGAAAAUAUGGGAGAUCCUGUGAAAGUCUUGCCCGAAGAAAUACAGAACAUAUUGUAUCGUCCCCAAGCUGAAGAGUGGCCUCAUGGUGAUCGUGAAUCAGCAUGCAAAAAAAUUUGUGAGGGUCUGGAAAAGGUUAUGGGUCUUGCAAUUGCGGAACCAUUUCUAGCUCCCGUGGACCUGAGUCAGUACCCAACCUACGCUUACAUUGUCGAGUACCCCAUAGAUCUGUCGACGAUUAAAGCUAGACUUGAAAAUAAUUUUUAUCGAAGAAUUACUGCAGCUCAAUUUGACGUACGUUAUUUGGCGACAAAUGCGGAAAAAUUCAAUGAACCGCACAGCAUUAUUGUUAAACGUGCUAGAAUAAUUAGUGAACUGUGCUUAAAGAUAAUUAAGAGUUAUUCUGAAAAUCUUGAUGUUGGUGCAGUCUAUCAUCAAUUGAUGGAUACUUACCAAUCAACAGACAGUGAGGCUGAAGUUAUACAAUCGGGACCAUCAACUAGCCGAUCGCUAGCUUCUUUAAUUACACGAAGAUUACGACAUCCAGAUGACUGGAAACAUGAAGCUCGUGCCUUAUUAGAAACUUUAUGGCGCUGUGAAGACUCUGUUCCAUUUAGAACACCUGUUGAUAACUUAAAGCAUACAGAUUAUUAUCAAGUGAUUGAUACUCCAAUGGAUCUUGGAACAGUCAAAGAGGAUCUUCUUGGAGGCAACUAUGAAACACCUCUUGACUUUUGCAAGGAUAUGCGUUUGAUCUUUCAAAAUUCGAAGAAUUAUAACACUAAUAAAAGAUCACGUAUUUACGCAAUGACAAUAAGAUUAUCGGCAAUGUUUGAAGAGCAUAUGACAAGGAUUCUGUACAACUGGAAGAUAGCGAGACGGCGAUCCAGUACAUCUCUAAAACGCAAUCUGAAGAGAAGUCGUCGAAAAAAAUUGAAUAAUCAGUCAUUUAAAGAAAGUCCAUCUGAAGAAUCGUCGGCAGCUGAAGAGACGAAAUCUAAAAGCCCGACACGAAACAUGGAAGAAACAAAUGGUCAUGUUAGUGAGUUUCAGUUGAGUGAAAAUAGUGAGGAUAAGAAUUCUAGUUCGAGGGAAUCGUCUUGUUCAUCAUCAAGCAGUGAACAAUCGACAUAUAAACCUUCCAGUUCAGGAAUUAAAGUGAAACGCUUAGAGGGUACUUCCAAGCGAAAACCGGUGCUAAAUUCCUACAAGAAAAACGUAGGGCGGCGGAAAUCUUCAUCGUCAGAGGCCACCAAUACUGACGACAGUGAAUUACCAAAGAGACAAUCUGUGAAACGGAAAGUUAAUAAUUUAAGAAGCAGAGGUUCGACAAGUCGCGUCAGUUCAGACAGUGAUGACAUUAGAACUUCUUUGCGCAAACGUAGCAUGAAAAGGCCACGUUAUGUUGAAGAUUCUGACAGUGUCGGUUCAUCCGCAGCUCAGGAGAAUGGGAACGAUACCGAUGAUACUGAUGCCGAUGUCACUACAGUUAGUAGUAGGGGACGUGUUCGACGACUCACGCCACGUGCUAAAGCGCUAUUGAAAAGAUAGUUAAAGUUGAGAUACAAACUUCUCUAAAAGCUAAUGUGAUGUUUUUAAUAUAUUUAACGAAUUAAAAUAUACUCUUGUUUUUAGAUAUAUUUUUAAUACACUAAAUAAUUUACUGUUACAAGGUUUUAAUUUUACUCAUUUUUGUACCAGUGUUUGUGUAAGUAAGUUUAACGUAUGUGACCAACAUCAGACCCGCACGAAUUGUUGUAAAUAUGUUUUUUAUUUCAUAAGCGUUGUCUGUUUUCAUUGUACAUAUUAUCUCAAGUUUUUCAAUUAAAAAUUUUGUAUUAA